AUGCAUACGUGUUGCAAUUUGACGAUUAAUGAGGAUGUUCAAAUAAGAGCACAUACUGGGAACGAUUGUUUUUUAUAUGAUUUACCGGAUGGUUCAAACGGUACCACAGCUGAGGAACUGGAAAAGGAAGACAAAGAAGGAUAUACAUUAUUAAAGGAUAUGAAUAAAGUACCGGAACAAUUUGCCGAUUUUUCUGGUUAUCGCCUCAGGCUUUAUUUACUACGUAAAAAGGAACAGUCACAGUUUGUGGUAAAGGGUGUCGAACGAAACGAGGUUGGCUAUCGGGUGACCAUUUGUAGUAUACAAUGCCAGAAUGAUACUGAAAAGGUUGAAAAGGUGGCCCAUGACGAAGGAAAUGUAGAUUUGGGUAGAAAAGAACCAGUUAUUAGUGAUAAUACUCUGAAUCAAAUCAAGUUUGCAUUACGAAAUUUGACCGAUGAUGGACAGUGGUUGAUUGCUCACUGGGCUGAAUGGUCUUACAAGAAAUGGUCAGAAUGGAGUACAGAACGGAAGAUUGAAUUUAAUGAUUUAGAUGGGACGAAAGAAAGAGGUCAUCGGUAUCGUAUUCAUCAGACCAGCAGAAGCAAUGAAAUUAAAACUGUUACUGGAACAGGUCAACAAAAAUCAGAAAGUAUCAAAACAUCCAUUCAUGGACGAAGGAAGGAACAUCAUCAAGUUCAUAAAAAGAAAGAUUCUAGUGAUUGUGAUGAUAGCGAAUACUAUAAUGAUGAAGAAAUAGGCAAAAGCGUUGUUAGCCAAGACAAAGAAAAGCUAAAAGAACAUUUUGGAAAAUUUGGUGGUAGCGGUAGUAAAAAAGAGUUAAAAAGGGAAAAACAAAAUUUUGCUGAAGGAGAAAAGGUGGAAUUAAUUGCUACCGGAGAAAUUGGGAAUCAAACGAAAGGCACUUUCAACGAAACGGAAGCAGGUAACAUGGUUAAUUUCGAGAUUCAAACAAAUCAUACAAUAACCUCUUCUCAUAUUCCAACCACAAAAAAGGAUCGAGGUCGUAGUGCUCAUGACACCGUUGGGGUUACGACAACGGCAAAAAACAAAAAGGAAGAUCAUUCAAAUGCAAAGAAGGGAGGACAUGUGGAUGAUUUGAGGGGACAGAAACGAAAAAAAAGUGAAGUGGAAAAAGAUACAGCGAGAAAACCGAAAUCACUUAAAGAGAAAUCAACCGAGAAAAUGGUUUCAAAAAAAUUACGGGUAAAUGCGACAACUUCUAAUGAAAAUGGCACUUCAAAAGGACUUGAAAAGGAGCUUACUUUAAAGGAAAAAACUUCUGAUAAACAAGGAGAGAAGAAAAAUGAUGAAUUAAAAAAUAAAUUGAAAUCUGGAAGCAAACAAUCACCAAAAUCAGUAGUAAGUCCAGCUCGUAAAGGUGAAUUAGGUCACGAUCCAGUCGUACCUGUGGUAGGUGCUGGUCGUCAAGCUGAUGUCAUGCCGCCACCGAAUUGUUUCAGUGCCGAUACAAAAGUUUACACACAUAAUGGAGAAAAAACAAUGAAGGAAGUUUUAGUAGGCGAUUUUGUUCUCGUGCCGGUGAGUAAAAGUCAAUUGAGGUAUGAGCGAGUGGAGAUGUUCUAUCAUCGAGAACCGGAAACUCGGGCAAAAUUUGUAGUACUAGAGACGGAAUCAGGCCGAAAAUUGAGUUUAACGGAAUUACAUCUUCUUCCACUAGGUGAUUGCAAGAAGAUGCGUGAAAGUAUGACUGAUACUGCUGAUAUCGUAGAUCAAUGGCUUCGGAAGUCAAAGUUCGCACAUAAGGCACGCAUAGGUGAUUGUGUAUUCACAGUAACAUCAAAUCAUGAGUUACAAGUGGAUCGUAUCAUAAAGAUCGGCAGACAGUAUCUAAAAGGUAUCUAUUCACCGAUGACUGUAGAAGGAUCAAUUGUAGCAGAUGGUGUGCUUGCCUCAUGUUUCUCACAAGUGGAAAAUCAUUUCACCCAGAAAUUAGUCUAUGAUUUUUUUGUUUUCUUACAUCGGAUUUUCAGUCCAUUUAUGCAAUCAUUGGAUGAACCUAUUCAACAUUUACCUACUUUUAUUGAUUCCAUACAUCAUUUGGGUCGUUUUGCUCUUCCUUUCGUCAAAUAUUAA